AUGCCGGGAGGGGCCAGCCCCGCUCCCCUCGCCUUUGCGGGGCGCGUCCCGCACAGCGGCCUCGCGUUCCGCCCUGUGGUGUCCGAGCGCUGCACCACAUGUAACCACCUCGGCUGCGGCCAUUGGGGGACAAUUGUGUCCUGCCACACCCAAUGUCACCUGCAGCCCCACCACGGUCGAGCCCAGCAGAGGACUACAACUCCCGGCGUGCCGCUCGGCGGCACGACUACAACUCCUAGCGUGCUCUGUGGCGGGGGAACUACAACUCCCGGCGUGCUCUGUGCUGGGGACUACAGCUCUCCGGUGUGGCGGGAGCCCCGAGGCUCCGUGAGCGCGGAGCCCUCAGCCCUGGCCGAGCGGGCCCCGCCGAGCGCGGGCCGCAGCCCGCCCCGCCACCCGCCGCCGCGGGCCCUGCCCAGGAGGGUCUCGGCCGGCGGCCGGCGGAGCGGCACGGCCGGAUUCCGGGCCCCGAUCCCAUCUCCCAGGUCCUUCCAGCCUAAUGGAGCCAGCAAAGAAGCCUUGCGGAGUGAAAUCAAAGAGCUGAAACAGAAAGACCUCGCUCUAGACCAGGAAAUUGCACAAUUAUUGUCAGAGGGCUACAGCCUGGAGGAACUGGACAAGCACAUCUCUCUGCUCCAUGAGUACAAUGAAAUCAAAGAUGCUGGGCAGAUGCUCCUGGGCAAGCUAGCUGUUAUCCGAGGGGUCACUACAAAACAGCUCUAUCCUGAGUAUGACCUGGAGCUCAGUGACUAGUCCUGAACCUGGAGAGUGCCAUGUCCUGCAAAAGUGACUGUCACUGGGCCAUUACACUUUGGUGUCGUCCUGGUUUAGGAGAGACAGAAGGUGGAAAAGGAACCUUUGGAAAAGGGAUGUAGAAAAGGAUUUUAGAUAAUUUCAUGUACUACCUGAUCAACAGGAUUUUUUUUUUUGAAAGGUUGUAGUUCAGGUUGAUGUUGAGCCUCUUCCAUGGAGCCUUUGAUUCCCUGCAGUAUCCAGGGUCUGUUUGGUUACUGAAUGGAUAGAGGAAGUGAGGACAUACACAUGUGCAAUGUAAUAGCUGCUUUGAAAGGAAAACCCUUAGAAGAAAGGAGGGAAGAAGGCAGAAAUUGUGGUGGUUUGGGGGUUUAUUUUGUUUUAUCAACAAAUCCAGAGAAGUCUGGGUGUUCUGCAUUUUUGUACUUACCUGCUCUGGUAUCUGGAGGUUUUGUAUCAUUUCUGUAGUAAAUGGCAAAACGUAAAGUUGUGUUGAACUGUUCACUCUGAAUAAAGCAGCCUUCACAUCUGUCA